AGGGACACCAAGUACUAUUGGUAUCAUUGCACGUAGCUGCCUCACCCCUUGGCGGGAAAAAGCAGAACAAAAGGAAGAACAAGAAGCAAGUAUUUUGCCGAACCAAAAAGCGCAUCAACGAUUUCUCUUUCCAAUCAAUCCAAUUUAGGACAACUACAUCGAUCGAGUCGGACGGUUCGAUCGGUGUAGGGCAAAGAGGACGAGAGUUGGGAAAAUGUUUUUUUUACCGUAGAAUCGUUUUGAAGAUUUUUAGCAGGGAAGCAAACCCACAGCCAUGAUAUCCGACCAGGGCGGCGGGUCGUCCUCGGCUGGCGGCGCCACUUCCAGCGGGAGUGGCAGCCAAAACAAGCGGAACAAGACCCAGCAGAGCAGCAACCUGAGCGUCAAUCUCCCACUCUUGAAAAAGAUAAAAUUGUCCGAGGAGGCGCUAUGGUCCUUGUCCGAGAGCCGCACCAACCCGGCGCAGGCGAGCGCGAAGAAGUGGAGCAACAAGAGCGCGUCGUUCGGCAGCCUAGAGCAGUACGACCACAAGCACAACACGUGGAAAUUUUCCGAGAACGACAAGCUGACCAAGGGGGACUACCACUUGGCGAAGCUGGCCAAGUCCAUCCACCACGCGAAGAGCCUGGAAAAUCUGAAGAUAAACGCGCCGAAAAUGGUCUUUCAGUCGGAAAAGAAGGAGCGGGAGGAGGUCGACGAGGACGCGCUCUGGGCGGAGAAUAAGCAUUUGCUCCAGCUGCACAAAAUGUACGUGCCCCAGCCGGUUUUGGGAGAGGAACUCGCUUCGAAGACAACGGAGGAAGGACCGCCAACCAGUCCAGAGCAGGGCCCGGAAUCCCCCGGGGGGUUACAAGUCACCUUCGAAGCAGACGAGGAGGGGGAAAAGUCCAGUUUGGUCGCGCACACGCCCGUCGGGCCGAUCAGCCGGGACGUGGCGAUGAAGCAUUUGUUCGCCGAGUCCGCGGAAAUGGACGUGGAGGCCAUAACCGAGGAGCAGAUUAUGAACAUAAGAACCGGCGACGACGCCAUAAGUUUCUUCGCAAGGAACUCCGCGACGACCCGGUUGAAAAUAGUCUACUGCAACCGAAUACCCCCCUCGCCGGUCGAGUUCCGCCCGUACGACUUAGUAGUCGUGCCGGAGAAGAAGGCGGACCCGGAGUACUUCACCAUCUCCCCCACCGGCAUAGUCCACUGCCAGCCCGGGCAGGCGAGCGAGUACUUGUCGAUCCCGGAGUGGAUAAGCGAGUCGCUGAACUACAACGUGAUAGUCUCCAUGAACACGUUUAAAAACUACGUCCCGUGGAAAAUCUUCGGCAGCUGGCGGAAGAACGCCCGGUACGACGUGUACAAGCAGAAGAGAAAACAGCUGGCGAAGAGGUUGUUCCUCGUGAAACCUUUGUUCGCGCAGGACCUCGCCAAGUGCUUCCAGGCCCGGCACGAGCUUUGCAGCAGUGUGAAGGUGCUGGCGCUGACGGACCCCAAGAGCUACCAGCAGUUCAGCUACUUCCAACUGCAGGAGUUUAUCGACCUGCAGAAGGCCAUACAAACCACCGCGGGGAAGGAGUUGGAAGCCAGGCACGACCACUUCGUCUCUCUCCUGGAUGCGUUGAUCCACAAGGUGGUGAAAGCCACGGGGGUCGGCCAGGACGAGACCGCCGGGAAGGACCCGUUCCUUGACGACGCCGCCGCGAAGACCAAGUCGAUCGUGCAGCUGAAGUUAGAAGCGAAGGAGCGGGCGCGGAGAAAAAAGCUGGCGAUCCACGACCAGGGCAUGAUUCAGGAAUGUAUUCAGCUAGUCGACUACAUCUUCCAGUCCUGCUCCGUGCAGAUCAUGAUUGACGCCGCCAAGGAGUUCUACAUGCGCAUCGAGGGCGAUCCGCGACAAGCGGCGAACCGGUUGUUUUCCGUAAAUGUGAAAUUCGCGGAAAACUUGCAUCUACUGGAAAAAGACUCCGACACCGGGAUGCAGCUGGAGCCAGACGCGGACGCGUUCGGCAAGAUGCUAAAUAACUUGUGGCAGUCGGCGAUCGCGGUGUUAACUUCGGUGCCGCAGUUCAUCAUGUGCCGGCAGUACGAGCAGCACCUGCGGACGAUCGAUCUGCGGAACAUGCAGGGCACGCAGCUGUCGAUCAACGAGAUUUGCCGGGACAACUUGGCUUUUUCCGACUUCACCAUGUCGGUCUUGACGAAAAUAACCUCAGAGCUGGAGCGCGCCGGCACCUACGCGGACGAGACGUUUCUGAAAAUGUACCGGCCCGUGUACGAAUUCGGUCUGCAGUGGGACGAGAUCGUCUUCCUCCAGCACCACACGCAGGACAACGUCGGAGAAUUAGACGUCGCCAUGGCGAAAAUGCGCGCGUUUGAGGAGGCGGUCGAGAAGUGCCGGGUGAGCCACAACGUCGGGUUCAUCUUGAUCGACGCAAAGGGGCUGAAGAACGAGCUGACGCCGAUCCCGGAGAAGGCGCUGCAGUGCAUGAAGCAACUGCUGAAGACGAUAGGCAGCACACUGUGCGGCGAGGCAAGCAAGGCGUUUGAGGGGGUGAAUAAGAUACUGGAUCAGAGACCAGAUAAGUUGUCCAACUACGCCCAGUUUGUGCACAAUUUCACGGAGAUUCUGACCAACAAGGAGUUCUUGAUCAAACAGAGGGACCAGGUGGAACAGAUCUAUUCCAUGCUGACCAAGGUGUACAAAGUGAACAUCAGUUUGGAGGAUCAAGUGCAGUUGGAAUCGAUGCAGCUCAAGGGGAACGACUUUGUGCAGACGAAGCUGCAGGAAGCGAAGCAGUUCAUGACGGACACGUCCAACAACAUGCUCGACGAGAACAAGCAGAAGUGCGUGCAGGUCGAGGAGCAGUGUCAGGUGAUGCAGGAGGAGCUGCUGAAGGAAAAUUUCAUCGACGUGGAAAACGUGUACGACCCGCAGAAGACGCUCGAGGUGCUCACCGCGUUGGAGCAGAUCGUAUCAAAUGCAAAAAUGUCUGGGUCUGGAAACUUGCGUUGGGAAUAGUGAAUGCUCUGUAAUGCACAGCCAGGCAUGAGAAAUAUCUGCGCUUCUUUGUGUUGCGUUUUUCGCAUGACAAACUGCGUUUUUGCAUGACAGGCAAAAGGGUUUCUUCUUGGACACGCAUCACAAAAUUUUUGGUCAUGCCAGACACGCAUGACAAAUCUCGCCAUCUUCCAGACCCAGACACUUUUGCAUGUGAUAGAUCGAGGAGAAACUCGAUUUCUGCGAGAAGUCCGCGGCGACCUUCACGAACUACGAGGAUUUGUUCAAGCUCCCGGAAGAGGAGAAGGGCGCGGUGGAUUUGGGGCUUGGAGACGAGAUGGAAGAGGAGGGCGACGUGAAAUUUGAGUUCGUCAUGAUGGAGCGGGCCCGGGAGCUGUUCAACUCGCAGAUGAAGCUGUGGGAGAUGGUGUCGCAGUGGAACGACUUGACCAGGAAAUGGUCCCACUCCGACUUCACAACGUUAGAUGCGGAAGUGAUGAACAAACAGACCGCGCAGUGCUUUAAGGUAAUUUCUAUUUUGCUUUUGUUUCUUGUUUUCGAUUCUGUACACUAUGUCUGUUUGAUCGAACUCGCAGGAGCCUGCAAAUGCAAAUCGGAAGCAAAACGAGCCAGUACUAUGAAGAUGCACCUCAGGUUUUUUAUUUCCAAUUUUCCCCAUACUAAGUAAAAACUAAAUCCUAAAACCCGAACUCCUUCAGGUCGCCUACGGUCUGGAGAAGACCUUUGGCCCCAAGAACCCGAAAGUCGUGAAGGCGGCACGGGAAUCCAUCGAGAGAUGGCGUGGCAACAUGGGCAGCAUCAUGGAUCUCGGGAACCCCGCCAUGCGCCCCCGGCACUGGGAGAAGCUUUUCAAGGCGAUGGGGAUGGGCGGCAACGUGAAGGGGAUGUCCAUCACUCUAGCGCUUUUAGAGAAGAACGGCAUCUUCGCGCCCAACCUGAAGGAGCUGAUCGGCGAGGUCUCGGCCACGGCCUCCGGGGAGUUCGCGCUGGAGCAGUCUCUGGAUAAGGUGAUCGCGGUGUGGUCCGACUGGAACAUGCCCAUCCAGAACCACCGAAACCAGAAGGACCUGUUCAUUUUGGGCGACGUCAGCGAGAUUAUCGUGCAAAUUGAGGACCACUGCGUCACCAUCGCGACCAUGAUGGGCAGCCGCUACAUCGGCGGCAUCAAGGAAAAGGUGGAGAUCUGGAUGAAAAAAAUCUACAACGCGGCGGACAUCUUGGACGAGUGGAUCAUCAUGCAAAGGGCCUGGAUGUACCUGGAAAACAUCUUUUCCGCCGAAGAUAUCCAGAAGCAGCUGCCAGGUAUAGAAUUAAAUUGGUUCUACUUUGACUUCUUCAUGUCUGUGUUUGUUUUUGUUUGAAAUGCUCACGCUGGGCCAAUGCAUGAUUUUGCCUCGCCUACUGCAGCUUUGAGGACUGCAUAUCAGCGGUAUUGAUAUUGACGACUACGCCAGUGACGUCUAAAUUCUGUGAGGCCGAAGAGAUUCACUUCGAAAAACCCUUCUUUACAGGUGAGACCACGAAGUUCAAGCAGGUGGACCGAUUUUACCGCGAGCUGUUCCGCAAGGUGAAGUCAAAGCAGUACCAGAACGCGAUGACGGCGAUGAACAUGCCUGGUUUGAAGGACCAGCUUACCUGGGCCAACGAGACGCUGGACGCGGUUCAGAAGUCGCUCGAGGCGUACUUGGAGACCAAGCGCCAGGGCUUCCCGCGGUUCUACUUUUUGUCCAAUGACGAACUACUUUCAAUUUUGUCGCAGACCCGAAACCCCCGCGCGGUGCAGGAGCACUUGGUGAAGUGCUUCGACAGCAUCAACCACGUGAAGUUCACGGAGGCCAACACCAUCACCGGCAUGCAGGACCACGUCGGCGAGCACGUGGCGUUCGCGAAAAUUGUGGAGACCACGAAGCCGGUCGAGCACUGGCUGUGCGACAUCGAGAUGCAGAUGAUCGAGGGCCUGUACGUGGACGCGGCCGCCGCGGUCGGGACCUACCCCGAGGACGGGCGGGCCCGCCGGGAGUGGCUGUUCGGGCCCACGGCGAGUCAGAACAUCCUGUUCAUCGACCAAAUUCACUGGACCAGCGAGACCGAGGCCGCCAUCGUGGCCAUGGAACAGAUGGACGCGGCGAGCUUAAACUUCAAGCCGAUGGAGAACAACAUCCAGUUUCACAACGAGCAGCUGGCGAACUCCGUGCUGCUGGUGCGGGAAAACCUGACGAAACUGCAGCGGACGCUGAUGGGCGCGCUGAUUGUGCUGGAUGUCCACGGUAUCACCGUGCUGGAAAAUCUCUUGGAGGACAAGUGCCACGCACUAAACGAUUUCAACUGGUCGAAACAGCUGCGGUACUACUGGUACACGGGCGAGACGCCACUGGUCACCUCCAUCGGCAACGAGGUCAGCGAGGACUGCAUUCUGCGGCAAACCAUUUCGUCUUACAAGUACAGCUACGAGUAUUUGGGGAACACACCGCGGCUCGUCGUCACCCCCCUGACGGACAAGUGUUACAUCACGUUGACGGGCGCCCUGCACUUGAACUACGGCGGUGCGCCCGCUGGGCCGGCCGGAACGGGGAAGACGGAGACGACCAAGGAUUUGGGAAAAGCGCUUGCCGUGCCAGUGAUCGUGUUUAACUGCUCCGACGGGUUGGAUUACAAAAUCAUGGGUCGCUUCUUCUCCGGACUCGCACAGGCGGGCGCCUGGGCGUGCUUCGAUGAGUUUAACCGUAUUCCGGUCGAGGUCCUGUCCGUGAUUGCGCAGCAAAUGUUGACCGUGACGCAGGCGAUCCGGCAAAGGAGAAAGACCUUCGAGUUCAUCGGGCAGAAAAUUCCGUUAAAUACUCGCUUCGGUGUCUUCAUCACGAUGAACCCCGGUUACGCCGGGCGUGCGGAGCUCCCCGACAACCUGAAGUCGCUGUUUCGCCCGGUCGCGAUGAUGGUGCCAGAUUACGCACUGAUCGCCGAGAUCAUUCUCUACUCCGAGGGUUUCGGCGAGGCCAAGGGACUUUCGAAAAAGAUGGUGAAGAUGUACUCGCUCGCGUCCGAACAGCUGUCCAAGCAGGACCACUACGAUUUCGGUAUGCGCGCCGUGAAGUCCGUGCUGGUGAUGGCGGGUCAGCUGAAGCGAAAGUUCCCGGAUCUCCCCGAGAACGUCACUCUGAUCCGGGCGCUCCGUGACUCCAACGUGCCCAAGUUCCUCGCACAGGAUCUGCCGCUGUUUAUGGGAAUCAUCACAGAUUUGUUCCCCGGGGUGGACAUUCCGAACGUGGACUACGGCAAUUUGGAGCUCGAGGUGAAGCAGCAGCUCGUGGACGCGCGGUUGCAAACCGUGCCGGCGUUCGUGACCAAAAUCAUCCAGCUUCUGGAAACCCAGCUCGUCCGCCACGGUGUGAUGAUCGUUGGGCUGACGAUGUGUGGCAAGUCGACAAACCAAGUCACGCUGUCAAAAUCUUUAACCUCGCUGAAGAAGAAGGGCGGGGAGACCGCGGACCCGACGUAUCAGUUGACCAAGGUGUUCACGCUGAACCCGAAAUCCGUGACAAUGAACGAACUGUACGGGUCCUUCAAUCUCAACACCGGCGAGUGGACGGACGGGUUGAUCGCGAUCCUCGUCCGCGAAGCGGUGUCGGACACCACGGACAACAAGAAGUGGGUGAACUUCGACGGGCCGGUCGACGCGAUCUGGAUCGAGAACAUGAACACGGUGCUGGACGACAACAAGAUGCUUUGUCUGGCGAACGGGGAGCGGAUCAAGUUGCCCCCGACGAUGACCAUGAUGUUCGAGGUGAACGACCUGGCCGUCGCCUCGCCCGCGACCGUGUCCCGUUGCGGGAUGGUGUACAUGGAGCCGGUGCACCUCGGGUGGAAGCCGCUGAUCCACGAGUGGCAGCUGAACUUCAGCGACUACAACCCGAAGUGGGCGAAGUUGCUGGCGCCGGCGAUCGAGAAGUUCUGCUCGCACUUGAUCCCGUUCUACCGCGAGGAGCUGAACGAACCCACCGGGUUAGAAACGCUGGACAACCAGAUUGUCCACUCUUUCCUGAAGUUCGUCACCACCUUCGUGUCCGCGAAACACGGCAUUUUCUCCGCGGAGGAGGACGGACUGAGCGACAAACCGCCAGAACAGACGCAGAAGCACGUGAAGCUCUACUGCGUGUUCGCCUGCAUCUUCACGCUCGGUGGCAACCUGCACGAAAAGUCGCGGAAGAAGUUCCAGCAGCACAUGCGGCCCGAGUUCGAGAAGUUUCUGGGGCCGGGCGUGUUGCCCGACGAGUCCGUCGACAUGUACGCGCUCUGCGUGGACGACGAGAACGUGGCGUACCAACCGAUCGGGGAAAUCGUGUCGGAAUACCUCUACGAUUCCGAAGUGCCCUUCUUCAACAUCCUGGUCCCGACGGAGGAGACGACCAGUCAGCGAUUGCUGUUGGAGAACCUGAUGCACGCCGGCUUCCACAUUCUGUUCGCGGGGGACACGGGCGUGGGGAAGAGUGUGGGGAUCCAGCAGUUUUUGAACACGUGCGGGGAGUCCUACUCCGUGACGACCGCGAACUUUUCCGCGCAAACCAGCUCAGCGAACGUGGUUGACAUCUUCGAGAACAGUCUGGAAAAGAAGAGGAAAAACCUGCUGGGUGCGCCGCCCGGCACCACGAUGUUGAUGUUCAUCGACGAUUUGAACAUGCCCCUCGUCGAGGUGUACGGCGCGCAGCCGCCGAUCGAGUUGCUCCGCCAGGUGAUGGACCAGGGCGGGUUUUACGACCGGAAAAAGCUGUUCUGGAAAAACGUCCAGGACACGCAGUUCAUCACCGCGUGCGGUCCGCCGGGCGGCGGCCGGAACAAGGUGACCCCGCGGCUGAUGCGGCACGUGAACAUGGUGUGGAUGCCGGCGUUGACCGUGAACGCGAUGAACACCAUUCUGAGCAGCAUCCUCGGCGGGUGGCUGGGCACGGUGAAGCCCUCGCUGCGCAAGUACUCCGCGCCGUUGACCAAGGCGACCGUGGAAGCCUACUUUCGCAUCACGGCGGACCUGCUGCCCACCCCGCUGAAGUGCCACUACACCUUCAACUUGCGCGACCCGGCGAAGAUGAUCCAGGGGAUGAUGAUGAUCGACGUCAAGAAGGGGUUCGAGAACCCCAUGGACCUGAUCAACCUGUGGAUGCAUGAGGCCUGCCGCUGCUUCCGCGACCGGUUGAUCAACGAGCAGGACUGCAGCUGGUUCAACAAGAUGAUCUUCACCAAGCUGAAGCAAAGCGUGGGCGCGGACUUCCCGGAGGCGCUGCCGAAGGACCUGGAUGUCGACGACAUCGCGGAACUCGUGUACGGCGACUUCAUGGACCGCGUGGACAAAAAGUACAUCGCGGUCCCGGACAACGCGAAGAUGCUCGAGGUGUUCGGCGAGUUUCUGGAAGAGUACAACAUCACUUUCCCGACCCAGAUGAACUUAGUGUUCUUCUCCGACUGCCAGAAGCACCUCGCCCGCAUGUGCCGCGUGCUGCGGCAGCCGCGCGGGAACGCGCUGCUCGUCGGGGUCUCCGGGGUCGGGCGGAAGUCCAUGGCCCGGCUCGCGGCCUUCAUGCAGGAGAUCGCGCCGUUCUCGAUCGAGAUCACGAAACUGUACGAUUUGCCGCAGUUCAACGAGGAUAUCAAACUGAUGAUGUUCCAGGUCGCGAAGGGCACGCCGACGAUGUUUUUGUUUUCCGACACGCAGAUCGUGCGGGAGACCUUCUUGGAGAACAUCAACAACAUCCUGAAUACCGGCGAGGUCCCGAAUCUGUUUGCGCCGGACGAGCUGAACCAGGUGGUGGAUUCCGUCCGGCCCCUCGCGAAGGCGGCCGGGAAGCCCGACCAGAAGGACGUAUUGCUGCAGUACUUCACGCAACUGGUAAGAGAGUCGCUGCACAUCGUGAACGCGUUCUCGCCCGUCGGCGACGGGUUCCGCGCGCGGUGCCGACAGUUCCCGUCCUUGAUCAACUGCUGCGCCAUCGACUGGUACAAGCCGUGGCCGGCGGACGCCCUGUACUCGGUGGCGGAACGGUACUACAAGGCCGCGCCGAAGGAGCUGAACAUCGCGGACACCGUGGACCAGCUGUCCCAGCUGUCCUGCACGAUCCACUCCACGAGCACGGAGUACGCCGACAAGUUCUACGAGGCACUGCGGCGACGCACGUACACGACGCCGACGAGUUACCUGGAGCUGAUCAAGCUGUUUUGCGACCUGCUGGGACAGAAGCAGGGGGAGCUGAACAGCAAGCUGGACCGGUACCGGAUCGGCGUGCGGAAGUUGGGCGAAACGCAAGUCAUCGUGGACGACCUGAAGAAGCAGCUCACCAAGAUGGGGCCGGAGAUCGAGCAGGCGAAGAUCGACACGGCGGCUCUGAUGGAGCAGGUGGAGAAGGACCAGAAGAUCGCGUCCGAGCAGGCGGCGGAGUGCGCGGUCGAGGAGAAAAAGGCUCUGGGGCAGGCCGCGGAAGCGAACGAGAUCAAGAACAGCGUGCAGAAGGAUUUGGACGAGGCGCUGCCGGAGUACUACAAGGCGAUCAAGGCGCUCGACUCACUGGACAAGAAGGACAUCACCGAGGUGAAGUCCUUUGCAAAGCCGCCCCCCCUCGUCGAGACGGUUCUGUGUGCGGUGUGUCUGCUCAUGGGCGAGAAGGAGAACUGGGACAGUGCGAAGAAGCUGAUGAACAAAUCCACGUUUCUGGACGACUUGAAAACCUACGACAAGGACGCGCUCGCCCGGGACAAGAAGAAAACGGAAAAGAUGCAGAAGUACACGAAACGAGAAGACUUCCAGCCCGACGUGGUGAAGAAAGUGUCCAACGCCGCGAUGUCGCUGUGCAUGUGGGUGCGCGCGAUGGAGGUCUACGGGCGGGUCUCGCGCGAGAUCGAGCCGAAGAAGGUCAAGCUCGCGGCCGCUGAGGAAGCGGCGGCGAUCGGCGAGGCGGCAUUGGCAAAGGCCAAGGGAGAACUCAAAGUCGUCACGGAUAAGGUAAGUCUGCUUCCCACCACGAUAGGACGAGUGAUUGUACCAGUGUGUUGUGUGUUGCUGUGCUUAUGAUGAAGAUGAUCAACAAUCAUGAUCAGCAUCCUCGCCAGAAUUAGAAUGAAUGAAUGUCAAAAUCAGGUCGCUGCCCUACGUCAGAAGCUUUUUGCCGCAAAAAGGAAAGCAGAGCAGCUCGUGAAGGAUGCAGAUAUGUGUCAAGUGAAGCUGGGCCGCGCAGAGGAGCUCCUGAAAGGUAACAGAAUACAACUUUAUUUGCGAUGAUGACAAAAGAAAUUACAGGAGACUAUUAUUUUCACUUCUGCGUAGGUUCAAGAGCAUUUCCAUUUGACGAGGCUACUGUCUGAAAAGCACGUACAGAAAAGCAAAAAUGCAGCUUCUUUUUCCAAAAUUCAACAGGUCUUGGCAACGAGGCGGUCGCGUGGGAGAAGCGUUCCACGGUGCUCGAGAAGGCGGUCGGUUUUCUGGUUGGGAACAUUAUGCUGGCCGCCGGCUUCAUCGCCUACAUUGGUCCCUACACGGCGGAAUACCGCGCCGAGCUGAUCGACAUGUGGCGCAACAAGGCCAAGGAGAUCGACAUCGUGGCGGAUCCCGACUGGGUGUGCGCCGAUGUGCUGGUGGACCCGGCCGAGGUGCGCGCAUGGAACCUGGCGGGGCUCCCGCAGGACGACCUGUCCGUGGAGAACGGCAUCAUGGUGACCCGCGGGCGGCGGUGGCCGCUGAUGAUCGACCCGCAGGGCCAGGCCAACCGGUGGAUCCGCACCAUGGGGAAGGACAAGAACAUCCAGGUGAUCAAGCUCUCCAACCCGAACUUCCUGCGCACCCUCGAGAACGGCAUCCGGUACGGGAACGCCAUUCUUCUGGAGAACGUCGAGGAGGUGCUGGACCCGUCCAUCGAGCCGGUGCUGCUGAAGCAGAUCUUCAAGAAGGGCGGCCAGUUGCUGCUCCGCUUGGGAACGGAGGACGUGCCCUACAACGAGGACUUCGCGUUCUACAUCACCACCAAGAUGACCAACCCGCACUAUUUGCCAGAGAUUUGCAUCAAGGUGACCGUGAUCAACUUCACGGUCACGCCCAAGGGGCUCGAGAACCAGCUGGUCGCCGACGUGGUGGCCAACGAGAACCGGGAGCUGUCCGAGCAGAAGGCGUAUCAAGUGUAAAAGUGUCUGGGUCUGGAAGAAUGCAACUUGUCAUGCUGUCUUUGGAUUCCAAAAAAAUCUGUAUUGCGUGACCAACAACAGGAGUCCAGUUUGUGGCACGCGGAGAGGGCAUUUCUCAUGCGGAAUAGGCAUCAGGAAGGCCUCUAAAGAUAUGCGAUGCUAGACCAUGCAUUACAGACAUCCUGAGUCAUGCAAAAUAUGCAUUACAAACCCAGACCCAGACAUUUUUGCAAUCCAUAAGGCGGCCUUGGUGGUGCAGAUCGCCGCAGACAAGGCGGAGAUGGACCGGCUGGAAGCGCUGAUUCUGAAGCUCCUCGCGGAGUCCAAGGGCGACAUCCUGGACGACGACAAGCUCAUCAAGACGCUGGCCGCGUCCAGCGUGACCGGCGCUGAGGUGCAGCAGCGCAUGGUCGCCGCCGAGGAGACGCUGACCAAAAUCGACGAGGUGACCGAGACGCUGCGGCCGACCGCAACCAGGUUGUCGAUGCUGUACUUCUGCAUCAGCUACAUGGGCUUGAUCGACCCCAUGUACCAGUAUUCGCUCGAGUACUUCGCUGCUCUCGCCAAGGGCCGGCUGCAAAAGUCGGAGCAGAGCGAGGACGUGAACAAGCGGAUCAUGAUCAUCAUCGAGGACGUCACGAAGUCGGUGUACCUGAACAUUUGCCGCGGGCUGUUCGAGGACCACAAAAUGAUCUUUUCCUUCAUGAUCGCGUGCGAAGUGUUGAAGAACGCCACGCACGCCAACUACAUGGGCCGCACGCCCAUCGCCACCAUGGAGUGGGCGUUCCUGCUCCGCGGCGUGGAGGCCGGGAAGGGCGUGCUGGACAGCGCGCCCGCUGCCAGCGCGGAGGGCGACGAGGGCGAGGCGGUCGCAACAUCACCCGGCGUGCCGGCGGAGAUCCCAGCGGAGAAGUGUCCCAAGUGGCUGCCGUCGACUGCGUGGGAAAAGCUGGCGUGUCUCGAGCGGCUCGCCCAGGUCGGCGGCGUGGACAGCUACAAGGGGCUGUGCGACAGCAUAAGUACGAAGAGCACCGAGUGGAACAAUUUCUACGAGGACGACGACUGUAUCAGCAAGCCGCUGCCGGACAACUUUGACAGCAGGCUGAAGCCGGUGCAGCGGCUGCUGGUCUGCCGGUCGCUGCGCGAGAACCUGUGGCCGCUGGGCGUGAAGCGAUUCAUCGGCGAGGAGAUCGGCGGGCUGUUCAUCGAGUCCCCGCCUUUCGACCUGCUCGGGUCCUUCGAGGAGUCGAACGCGGGCACGCCCAUCAUCUUCGUGCUGUCCGCCGGUGCGGAUCCGACGGGCUACCUACUGAAGCUCGCAGAGGACCGCGAGUACUCCGAGCGCCUGCACUUCAUCUCGCUGGGCCAGGGCCAGGGGCCGAAGGCCGAGAAGCUGAUCGACAUGAGCCGCGAGGCCGGCGACUGGGCCUGUCUGCAGAACUGCCACCUGGCCAGCAGCUGGAUGCCAAAUCUGGAGAGGAUACAGGAGCUGCAGGACCUGGACAAAAUCGACCCGGACUACCGGCUCUGGCUCACCUCCAUGCCUACGCCGAUCUUCCCGGUGCCGGUGCUGCAGUCCGGCAUCAAGAUCACCAACGAACCGCCCAAGGGGGUGAAGGCGAACAUGCUGCGCACCUUCGAGGACAUGGGCGAGGAGAACUACGGAAAGGCGGACCGCGCCAUGGAGGAGGACCCCACGGCCUUUGAGAACGGCACCAAGGUGCGUGCCUACAAGCGGCUGGUGUUUGCCUUGGCCUUCUUCCACGCCGUCAUCUUGCAGAGGCGGAAGUUCGGGCCCAUCGGGUGGAACAUCCCCUACGAGUGGAUGGACAGCGAUUUCCAGACCAGUCGCGAACAAGUGUACAUGUACCUGGCCACACAGCCCGGCGUUCCGCUGAAAACGCUCAACUACAUGAUAGCGGAGUGCAAUUACGGCGGACGGGUCACGGAUGAUAAGGUACAAAAUUUGUGCAUCUCUAUACUGAAAGAAUCUCUUUUUUGAUUGAACUCGGUGCCAGUGUCAGUUUAGAUCUCUGUUUUACAAGCGACAUACCAAAAGAACGUUUGACGUUCCAGUGGGGUGUACCUCUACUCAUCCGGAUCAUGAUGAUUGUCGAUCGAACACAAAGUGACAUUUAAGUAGUUAGAACCUCCAAACUGCACGACUCACAGGACGUUCGGCUGAUCUGCGCAGUGCUUUUGCGGUACUUCGAUAAUCCUAUCGUGGAAGAAGACGAGGCCCGGCUUUCGGCCCUGGACGAGUAUUUCAUCCCGAUGGCCAGCACCUUGGAGGACGUGAAAACGUAUAUCAAAACGCUACCUCUCGAUGAGGAUCCGCGCGUGUUCGGGCUGCAUCCAAACGCGAUGAUCACGGCACAGAUGAUGGCCACCCGACUGUUUCUAUCCACCGUGGAAUCCGUGCAGCCUCGACUGGCCUCCGGCGGUGGCGGGAAAAAGCCCGAAGACAUCGUCACGGACAUGGCACGAGAGUUCUUCGAAGCCAUACCAGAACCCAUGAAAGCCAAGUGGGCACACGAAAACACCUACAAACAAACAGCGGAAGGUAUAAUACUCGGGAAUGGCAUAAUUAAAGUAGAGUUCGUAAAUUUCAUGCGUAUGCAGCUGGGUAUGCAGUUGCAGCAGGCAGUAGACGACAACUUCAGUUGCUUACCUCUUUCGCUUAGAAUUAUUUCCAAAGAAGGUUCUUUGACUGGCGUGCCACACUAUCUAAAGCAAAGUGAGCGGCUUCUGGCACGACAAGCAGCAAUGAAAAUGAUAAUGAAUACCAAACUCACUGACUUUGAUCAUUAUUUUCAUACCAGGUGGCAUGGUUUCCCUCGGCGUAUUUCACGGCCAGGAGAUGGGACAGUUUAACAAACUGAGCAGCAUGAUCAAGCAGAACAUGUACAUGCUGGGACAGGCUAUUAAGGGGUUGAUUGUCAUGUCAGGACCACUGGAAGACAUGUACAAUUGCUUCCUGAUACAGAAGGUAAGCCUCUGUGUUUUUAGCUUGCGCCUAGCGUAUCUCGUCUACCGAAUUCAUUCUUUGUAGUGCAAGUGCUGUUAGUUUGUGUACCCUUGAUGCUUGUUCUACUCAGCGUUGUGCGUGGGUUGCCGCGGGUUAGCUCGGUCUCUUCCUCUUUCGUAUGCAAAAAUGUUUUUCAUCCGCAAAACUCACUCCAGGUGCCACCAGGCUGGGGCAAGCUUUCGUACCCCUGCCUGAAGCCGUUGAAUUCGUAUAUGGAUGACCUGCUGAAGCGGCUCGCGUUCUACGAGGGGUGGCUGCGCAACGGGCCGCCAGCGUCCUUCUGGAUCUCCUCGAUGUUCUUUCCCCAGGGUUUUAUGACCGCCGCCAUGCAGACCUACGCGAGAAGUCAGCAGAUCGCGAUCGACGAGCUGAAGUUUCUGACCCUGCCCGGCACGGAGCUCGCCGCGGAGGUGACCGAGCCCAAGGAGAUCGGCGUGAACGUGCACGGGCUCUUCCUGCAGGGCUGCGGGUUCGACCGGAAGCACAAAGACGGCCCGCGGCUGGUGGAGUCGUCGAAGGGCAUUCUGUUCGUGGAGGUGCCCGUCAUCUGGCUGAAACCCGUUAAGGUGGGCGUGUGGGACGCGCACCACAAGGGCCUGCCCAUGCCGGAAUACAACUCGCCCCUGUACAAAACCAGCGAACGGCGCGGAACUUUGAGCACCACCGGGCACUCCACCAACUUCGUCAUGUACAUGCAGUUCAGCUACGCAGAGCAGGACCCCGCCCAUUGGACGCGCCGCGGCGUCGCGCUCAUCUGCAUGCUAGACGACUAGAAGGUACUGCUUGCUAAGUACAGCGGCGCGUCGAAGGGUCAUACGGUCGAAGUUUUUUCUUUUACCGCGUCGAAUGUGCUAGCUCGGCAGCCGUUGUGCAGCUGCAUAGUCGUCGUCUCUCAAGCAGGGUUAGUUUAUCUUACUCUACUGCAUAUGUUCGACUUCUCCGCCGCGGUUGUGUCUCACGACAGAACCGAUGCGUGUUGUUGAACUGCCUACUGCAUUUGUCACCUCGUGCACAGAACUUCUUUGUCUCCAUAGUCAGUACCAAGAACUUUUCAUCCUAAUAGCUAACUAGCGCAGGCGAUUUGGUAGGAGGAAAAUAAACAACUAGACUUGUCUCUCCUCUAAUUCUCUUCGGGCUGGGACAGGUUUUAGUUUUGAAAUUCAGUUUGCAUUUGCUCCAUUUGACUCAACGACUCAACUAUUCAAAGGCAAGAUUUGCGAUUUGGAUUUGCGAUUUUUACCUAAGAUUACAGUUUACAGAAAGCCGGUAGCUGGUCGUGAACCUAGCAAAGGCUGAACAGACUUCUAAGUUUAUGCAAGAUUACAAAAAAAAAAAAGCACGAUCACUUUACAAGAGAAAUACGAUAGCCACAACGCGGGCGAGCUGCGUGAGUUUUUACCAAAGUAUAAGAACAUUGCGUCUGGUUAUGAAAAAUGUACUCAAGACAUAUAUCCCGUUUUAGUUCUUUAUUGCACAGCAAAAUGUAGUUGCGAAUACAAUUCCAUUUCCAAUAUGAACUUCCUCCUGGAGCAGGAGCAUGCUAUCCGAGGAAACGAAAAUAAGAAUGUCGAAAUCGAAACUUUAUCCAGAACUAUUUCUGUGAAUGACAGUGAACUUCAAGAAACUCCUCGUAGUCACCGCAGGAAGGUGAGAAGCUAGCUGCAGCAU